CUGUUCCGGAGACCCGGGUUCUGGCCUAGGCACCCCCAGCAGAGGGAGCCGUGUGGUCACGGAGAAGUGGCUGCCCUUCUGUGGGUCUCACUCUGGGUGCCUGCUCUAAUGGGGCGCACCUGUGUUUCUCGCCCUUCAUUUUAGUACACUCUAGUUCCCUGGUCCCAGGCCCUGGUGGUGUUGCUGAUGGUAGAUCGUUUGGUGCUUAUUACAACCGGCAACCCUGCUAUGUUCAUUUUACAGAGCCCGGCUCCAGUGCCCAGACCCAAGUCCCCCACUGCUCAAUGGACACCCCCAGCCCAGACCCGUGGCCUUCGCCUUUGCCUGAGGAAGAAGAGAAACCUCUGGCUUUACCGCCUCCUGUUCCCCGGGGCCGCCGAGGCCGAAGUCUUGGGGGGGCCACCUCCUCCCACCGGACGCUCAAGGCCUCCCUCCCGCGUAAGCGGGGCCGCCCCGCCAAGUCAGAGCAGGAGCCCCCCCUGGCACAGGGGGUGAGCGCCCCUGUGGGCAGCGGCGAUAGCAGUGACCUCCUGCUGAUCGAUGAUCAGGGUGUGCCCUACACGGUCUCCGAAGGGUCAGUGGCCGGCGGGCCCGAGAGCUCCGGCCCCGGCCCUAAGAAGGCGCCGCACUUCUGCCCGGUGUGCCUUCGGGCCUUCCCCUACCUCUCCGACCUGGAGCGUCACAGCAUCUCACACUCAGAGCUGAAGCCGCAUGAGUGCAAGGAUUGCGGCAAGACCUUCAAGCGGUCCAGCCACCUGCGGCGGCACUGCAACAUCCAUGCGGGCCUGCGGCCCUUCCGCUGCCCGCUCUGCCCCCGCCGCUUUCGAGAGGCAGGCGAGCUGGCCCACCACCACCGCGUCCACUCCGGCGAGCGCCCCUACCAGUGCCCGGUGUGCCGGCUGCGCUUCAUGGAGACCAACACGCUCCGGCGCCACGCCAAACGCAAGCACCCCGAGGCCAUGGAGGCACCUCUGUGUCCUGCGGACCCAGAGCCUGAAGCGCAGUGGGACGACGACGGUAUCCCGGCCACGGCAGGGGCCGACGACGACGAGGAAGAGCUGGAGGGGAAAGAGCUGGCCUGACCCACACCCCCGGCCACCGCUUCCCGGGCCAGGUUUAGAGCUUGGUGUGCCGUGGGCGUGGGGCCUGGGCAGCGAGGCCGGGACACCUUGUCUGGUGGUCUUCCCAUUGUGGGAGUGGGCUGAGGGUGCAGACCUCAACUUCUGGAUCUUGCUGCCUUCUACCACCCUCCCCCGGACUGACAGGCCUGUGGAGGCAGGGACUGUGGAAAUAAAUCUCUGCCUACUGCC